AUCCUCCUCCACUCUUCGCUGUCAGAAUCAAACAAAUCAAAAGGAAGCACCUCCGUCCCAAUUUUGCAUCAACUCAACGGUGUACUCUGCCACUUUCCUCCCUCUCUCUCUCUCUCUCUCUCUCUCUCUGCUCUAGUGUUUACACUCUGCAACAAGAGACUCAGAAAGUAGCCGUUUGUUAUCUGAUUACACACAACACAAAAAAGUUACUUGCUUUGCGCGUUUUCGCUGAAGAAUUUCACUGCUAUUCCCUUCCUCUCCUCUCUAGCCUUUACGGAAACCUACUCUUCCUAGAAAGACAAGGUUGUGGACGUCUUUUUAUUGCUGCCACAGUUUUGUAGUUCAUGCUAUUAUAUUUGGAAAUUGAGGUGUUAUUUUCGGCAGUUUACUACUCAAUGAAGAAUUGAUUUGGUGGUGUGUGAAUUCUGUAAAGUUGAAUAUCUGAGCAUGGACAAAGUAUCUCCAGACUGUCCAUACCCAGGAUGCUUUUUCUGCGUCAUGAAGGAAGGAAACCCGAGUAAGCGUAGAGCAAGUAUAUUGAAAUUUUUCAGGGAACUUCCUUCACAGGACGAUGAUGGCCAGGUUCUCCCAAUCAGUGGUCUUUGGAACACUGCCAUGGCACAUCCCAAUGAUCCUGAGUUUAUUGAGUUGGGAAUAUUUGAAUGCAUGGCUGCACUUACUUGGAAGGGCUUAAAGAAUCGCCGAUGGCUUUCUCAUGAUCAGAACAUCUAUAUUCCUUAUUAUGCUGCUCAUAUCAUUGGAUCCUACACCAUGAAUAUGGAAGAAUUUGCAGAAAGUGCUGUUCAUGCUGGUGUAAUUCCUCCCCUGGUUGAGCUACUGAGGGGGAGAUUGACAUGGGUUGAACAGAGAGUGGCAGUACGAGCUCUAGGACACUUGGCUACAUAUGCCAGCACUUUUCCUUCUGUGUCAAGUCAUGGUGAAAUCCUUGAGCUUUCGAUUCAACUUGCAAUGAGUUCACUAGAAAUUGUUUACUCUCAUUUUUACCAGUAUGUUGAUAGAAGGCUAAGCUAUCACUGUGAUUUGCUUACUCGUGGUAUGGGAGGCGUUGAAAUGGAGUCCAGGAAAGCAGAGGAAUGGGCUAGUCAGUUACAAUGCUGGUCACUUCAGCUUAUUAAUUGUUUUGCUUUCAAGCCGGAGUUUCUUCCUACCAUUUGCAAGCCAGAAUUCUUAGUAAAACUGCCAGGCAUGUGGGGUGGACUUGUUAAUGAGAAUUCACCUGCUGGUAUUGGUUUAUUGAGAACAAUUUGUCAUCAUAAGCUUGGUAGGGGACCUGUUGCUAGCUGCCCUGGUAUAAUUGAGGCACUGUGUAACAUAGCUCGCUCGUCAGAUGAUUGGCAGUAUAUGGCUAUAGAUUGUCUUCUUUGGUUGCUUCAAGAUCCAAAUACAUGCCACAAGGUGAUCGAUAAGGCAGUACCUGUCCUUGUUGACCUUGCGGAGAUCACGACGCUGGGUGAUCAAAAAAAGCUUGGAGAUUCCAUUGUUAAUGUUCUUCAGGAUUGUAUUCAAUCACAAGGGACAGGGCGUACUUCUGUUAGUAGCCGCACAAAGGAACCGAUUGAGGAACUGUUGAACUCAAAACAAAGGAUGAAAUGGGAAAAGAAUAUGCCAAAGGAAGAUCUACAUAUCAAGCAGGCGGCUGCAUUAGUAGUCAAGCUUGAAGGAAAUUCACUGUUCUCGUCAGGAAAUAUAUCUGGAGCUGCAUCAAAGUACUCUGAAGCAUUGUCAUUGUGCCCAAUGAGAUCCAAAAAAGAGCGAGUUGUUCUAUACAGUAACCGAGCUCAGUGUCAUCUUCUACUACAACAACCCUUGGCUGCUAUUAGUGAUGCUACACGAGCACUUUGUCUUCACAACCCUCUCAAUCGUCAUGCAAAAAGCCUUUGGAGAAGAGCUCAGGCUUAUGACAUGCUAGGAUUAGCUAAAGAGAGCUUGUUAGACGCCAUUCUGUUCAUUAACGAAUGCUCUCAAUCAAAUGACCCUGAUCUAUGUUCGAGGCAAAAUAAAGUUCCUGACUACGCGGAGCGCUUAGUCAAGAAGCAGAUGCGUGCAGCCUGGUUAUUUAGAGAGGCAGCUAUUAAACAUGGUGGGGUACACUGUGAAGGAGAUGCUCGUGAUGUUUAUGGCCAAGACAGUGAUGGUUCAGAAUGGGAAACGGCAAGUGAAAGUGAUAUAGGAAAUGAUGGGAGAGAUGAAAUGGGUGAUGAUGAUGAUGAUAUUGAAUGGAAGAAUGAGGAUGAGAGGAAAGAUAAAUAUGACAAGGCAACAUUAAAAGACAUAAAGCAAGGGUACAGUGUGCAGAUUCCGGAAAUGAAUCGGAAUUUGGAAGGGACGACAUGAAGGUGCAAUGAAGAACUAUCUUGAACCUCAUCAAUGCAUUUGAGUUUGAAAAUGGGCUUCUGAAUCUUGCUUGGUUUCAUGAGAAGCAGGUUCAGCAGAAAUGUGUAAUAGUGUUAAAUUCUAUUAUUUCCUUACUCUCUGUCCCACAAUUCUUGUUUGUUUCAACUGUAGAAAAUGGAAGAUAAGGUUUUUGAGUGUAGAGAACAAUUAUAGCCUAGAGAAUGUGAAGAGCUAUUUUUGAGUGAAUUUAAAGAAAGCUUUUGUGUAUAUAAAAUCCUCAUGCUCUGUACUUGGUUGA